AUUUCAGACCUGAGUAUGGAGAUGUAUGAGAUCCUUGGAAAAGUGGGAGAGGGAAGUUACGGAACGGUAAUGAAAUGUAAACACAAGGAAACGGGACAUAUAGUUGCCAUUAAGAUAUUUUAUGAGAAGCCAGAAAAAUCUGUCAACAAAAUUGCAAUGAGAGAGAUAAAGUUCUUAAAGCAAUUUCGACAUGAAAACUUGGUCAAUCUGAUUGAGGUCUUUAGACAGAAAAAGAAAAUUCACCUAGUGUUUGAAUUUAUUGACCAUACAAUCUUAGAUGAAUUACAGCAUUACACUCAUGGACUGGAUAACAGGAGACUUAAGAGAUAUCUGUAUCAAAUUCUUCGAGCAAUUGACUAUCUCCACAGCAACAAUGUUAUUCACCGUGAUAUUAAACCUGAGAACAUUUUAGUUUCACAGACUGGAAUUACUAAACUUUGUGAUUUUGGAUUUGCUCGAACCUUAGCAGCCCCUGGUGAUGUUUAUACUGAUUAUGUGGCAACACGGUGGUACAGAGCUCCAGAGCUAGUGUUAAAGGACACUACCUAUGGGAAACCUGUGGACAUCUGGGCUUUAGGUUGCAUGAUCAUUGAGAUGGCCACGGGUAACCCAUACCUACCCAGCAGCUCUGACCUAGACCUUCUUCAUAAAAUUGUAACCAAAGUAGGUAAUUUGACACCUCACCUUCAGAGUAUUUUUAUAAGGAGCCCAGUAUUUUCAGGAAUGGUCCUUCCAGAGGUUCAGCACCCUAAAAGUGCAAGGAAAAAGUAUCCCAAGCUCAGUGCACUUCUUGCAGAUAUGGUUCAUGCUUGUUUACAAAUGGAUCCUGCAGAUAGGAUAUCAUCUGCUGAUUUACUACAGCAUGAAUAUUUCACCAGGGAUGGUUUUGUUGAAAAAUUCUUACCAGAGUUGAAAAGCAAAUUGCUACAAGAAGCAAAGUUUAACUUUUUGGCCAAAUUCAGAGACAAUAAUAAAGAGACGGAGCAAAUCAAGGAUGAAAAGAGAACAGUUCAUAUUAAUGUUCCUCCAAGUGGCCCAAUUGCUGUAAAGAUGAUAAGACUCUGCACAGUGCACAACACCCAGAUGGCUACUAGUAGCAGCAUGGUGCACAAGCGACAGAUAAUUUUGGAUAUGGAAAAGGACAAAAAAACAAAGGAGAUAAAAAUCAAAGGUAUCAAGUUGAAAGGAGGGAAAUCUGACAUCUCAGAGCUGAAAAGGAAUGAGCAAGAAGAUGCAGCCUCACAGUGGGUUCCUCUGUCUCAGAAUACUUUAAACCUUCCUCACAAAAACAAAUCCACUGGCAGUGAUGGCACUGGCCCGGCAGCAGUUGGGGCUGAUGCUGGUGGAAUAAAGGAGGAUCCUCCACCAACCCCAUCUAUGACAAUGCCCCGCAUCAACCCAAAUUGUGGAAAUAUUACUGGAAAUUUUAGUUCACACUUCCUGUGUCCUAAUUCAAGACUACCUGAAAAAGCAAAAAAAAGACGAAGUCCCUGGCCAACAGUUGGACAAGUAGGUUCAAAUAACCGGCAGGAAGAAGGAACUAUAACUCAAAACCAAAUAGAGAAAGUCUCCCUAUAUGAAAGAGCUGCUCAGAUUGAUCAAAUGGUCAACACAAACAGAAAAAAGCGCAAUAUUUCAAGAUGUGAGAAGAGAGACAUUCACCUCCCAGAACUGGCAACAACAGGGCAACAGAAAGAACUGAAAGGAAUGGAAAUUAAACAGGUAAGAGUGCUGAAGAGGGAGUCAAAGAAAUCUGAAGUAUCUAAAAUACCAUCUUUAUUAAAUGUGGAUCAGAACCGUGAAAAACAAGAGGCUAAAGAAAUCUUGACAAAAGAAUCCAAUGUACAAGAAGUACGAUGUCCUGUAACAGUUUGUGGAGAUGUCCAUGGACAAUUUCAUGAUCUCAUGGAACUUUUCAGAAUUGGGGGCAAAUCACCAGAUACAAAUUACUUAUUUAUGGGGGACUAUGUUGACAGGGGAUAUUACUCUGUUGAAACUGUAACACUUCUGGUAGCUCUCAAGGUCCGUUAUCGUGAACGCAUCACUAUCCUUCGAGGAAACCAUGAAAGCAGGCAGAUCACACAAGUAUAUGGCUUCUAUGAUGAGUGUUUAAGGAAAUAUGGAAAUGCUAACGUCUGGAAAUACUUCACUGACCUUUUUGACUAUCUUCCUCUAACUGCCUUGGUGGAUGGGCAGAUUUUCUGUCUACAUGGUGGCCUCUCCCCUUCUAUAGAUACACUUGAUCAUAUCAGAGCACUUGAUCGUCUGCAAGAAGUCCCACAUGAGGGUCCAAUGUGUGAUUUACUGUGGUCAGACCCUGAUGAUCGUGGUGGUUGGGGCAUUUCACCUCGUGGAGCUGGUUACACUUUUGGGCAAGAUAUUUCAGAAACUUUCAACCAUGCUAAUGGCCUUACUUUGGUUUCAAGAGCUCAUCAGCUGGUAAUGGAGGGAUACAACUGGUGUCAUGAUCGGAAUGUAGUAACAAUUUUCAGUGCUCCAAAUUAUUGUUACCGUUGUGGUAACCAAGCUGCAAUCAUGGAACUUGAUGAUACUCUAAAAUACUCAUUUUUGCAGUUUGAUCCCGCACCACGCAGAGGUGAACCACAUGUCACUCGUCGUACUCCAGACUACUUCCUGUAAUGAAAUUUUACACUUGUACAGUAUUGCCAUGAACCAUGUGUUGACCUAAAGGAUAUGGGAAGAGGAACAGUAACUCCAAAAUGUCAGAAAACAUUUUACAUUGAAACCUGUUUUCACAUGGACCAAAAGAUGUGCCAUAUUGAAGUACAAAGCCUCUUGUCUGUCAGCGACUGUGACCACUUUAGAAUGAACCAGUUCAUUGCAUGUUGAAGCAACAUUGUUGGUCAAGAAACCAGUUUCUGGCAUAGCUCUACUUGUAGUUACUUUUGCUUUCUCUGAGAGACUGCAAAUAUUCAGAUGUAGACAUUUAACACCUCGUGAAUACAAUUAACUUUCCAUUUAGCUGUAGCUUUCCAGCAUGACUGUAGAUAAGAAUAGCAAAUUAUCAUUGAAGCUUAAUGAACAUUUUAAAUAAGUACCAAGACCGAUUUUUCUUAUUUGUUUUCGGAAACUGUUUUUGGUUUUUUUAGGGAAAACUGUUUAAUUGUAUGAUUGUUUUGUCUGAACUGUUUCACCCACAUUCUUCCUUCACUCCUACACCAUGUCCCAUGUAUUUGUCCAUCAUAGUGAGUUAUUUUGAAAAGAGAAGGUUUUUUUUUCUGUAAGACGUUGCUGCAGGAGGGUGUUGCAGCAUUUUUUCAUAAUAAACUUGUGAACUAAG